AUGGUGGAAGCCUUGGUUAUAAGAAUCACAAUCUCUCCUAGAUAUCCUGAUGAUCCAUUUGAUAGAAUAUGGGAAUCUGAUACUGUUAGGAGGCCAAAUUACCUUGUUGAUGUUGCUCCUGGAACUGAAACAAUAUCAACUGAUAUGCCAGUUGAUGUUAGUAGUGGUGAAAGACCACCUGAAAAGGUCAUGCAGACAGCAGUACUGGGUCGAAAUGGAUCCUUAACUUAUCGUCUUGAUCUGGAUGGCUUUCCGGGGAAUGGUUGGGCGUUCUCAUACUUUGCAGAAAUUGAAGAUUUUGGUUCAAAUGAAACCAGAAAGUUUAAGCUAAUAAUUCCAGGCUUGCCAGAAUUUAGUAAACCCACUGUGAAUGUUCAAGAAAAUGCUCAGGGAAAAUACCGAUUGUAUGAACCUGGAUACACCAAUGUCUCCUUUCCAUUUGUAUUCUCUUUUGCUUUUAAGAAGACAAAUGAUUCAUCUAGAGGACCUAUCUUAAAUGCCCUAGAAAUUUAUAAGUACCUCGAAAUAAAUUAUGGAUCUCGGGAUGCAACUGUCAUGGCCAGUCUCAUCUCUCAUUAUCCACUAGCAGAUUGGGCAAAAGAAGGUGGUGACCCAUGUCUACCAGUACCAUGGUCUUGGUUGCAAUGUAGUUCAGAUCCACAACCGACUAUAGUUUCCAUUAAUUUAUCUGGGAAGAAUUUGACAGGAAACUUUCCUUUAGAGCUGACUAAGUUAACAGGCUUGGUUGAACUAUGGCUUGAUGAAAAUUCACUUUCUGGUACAAUACCUGACUUUAGUGAAUGCUUAAAUCUAAAGACCAUUCAUCUUGAGAACAAUGAAUUGACCGGUGUCCUUCCUUCGUCACUGGGAGAUCUGCCAAGUCUAAGAGAAUUGUACUUGCAGAAUAAUAAGUUGAGUGGAGUAGUUCCAAAGGGGCUCCUACAUAAAAAUAUUUUUCUCAACUAUUCAGGAAAUGAAGGUCUACAUGAAGGGAAGAAAAAUGUGAAUCGCAUGGUACUCAUCAUAUGUUCUGUCCUUGGAGCUAGCUUGCUGCUUGUAAUUUCUAUCUUAUGCUACUUGUUCUUAAACAAAACAAGGAAGAAUUUUUCAAAAGAGAAUGCCAACAGUGUUCAACCAGCUCAAAAAUUGAGUACUUUCUUCAGUGAAGUUUCUGCAGAAUCAGCCCAUAGGUUUGCUUUGUCUGAAAUAGAAGGUGCCACCAGUAAAUUUGAAAAGAAAAUUGGUUCCGGAGGUUUUGGGAUAGUUUAUUAUGGGAAGUUGGCAGAUGGAAAAGAAAUUGCAGUCAAGGUUCUUACCAAUGAUUCAUUCCAAGGAAUCCGGGAAUUCUUGAACGAGGUCACAUUGCUUUCAAGAAUCCAUCACAGGAACCUCGUAACUUUUCUUGGUUACAGUCAACAGGAUGGGAAAAACAUCCUUGUGUAUGAAUUUAUGCACAAUGGAACCUUGAAAGAGCAUCUUCGUGGCCCCUCAGCUCGAGAAAGAACUAUUAGUUGGAUCAAUCGUCUUGAGAUUGCAGAGGAUGCUGCAAAAGGCAUCGAGUAUCUCCACACGGGCUGCUUUCCUACCAUUAUCCAUAGGGAUCUUAAGAGCAGCAACAUUCUCCUCGACAAUCACAUAAGAGCUAAAGUAUCUGAUUUUGGUCUUUCUAAACAUGCAGUGGAUGGUUCCCAUGUCUCAAGCAUGGUUCGGGGGACUGUUGGAUAUUUGGACCCCGAGUACUAUGUAUCUCAGCAACUGACGGAGAAGAGUGAUAUUUACAGUUUUGGUGUUAUACUUCUGGAGCUGAUUUCAGGUCAAGAGCCGAUAUCUAGUGAAAGCUUUGGCCUCAACUGCCGUAACAUUGUUGCAUGGGCAAAAUCGUUCAUCGAGAGUGGUAACGUCGAGGCUGUUGUCGAUCCCGCAUUGCAGGAUGAUUACGACUUACAAUCUGUGUGGAAAAUUGCGGAGAUAGCUAUCAUGUGUGUCAAACCACAUGGAGCGCAAAGGCCAUCGAUAUCAGAAGUGCUCAAGGAGAUCCAGCAGGCCAUUGCAAUCCAACAUGGAUCAGAACUCGACGGGAACUGUGUGAUGGAGAGAGACUCAAAAAAGCCGGUAGGCACUUCCAUGAAUGUGGACCACCCUCUGAACUUGCCUACUUAUCAGAAUGCCUCUUUUCCCGAGUUGUUUGUGCAGCCUGACCUUCGGUAACGGAUACAAAACUAGGGUCUAGUUCAAUUCCUAUGAUCAAACUUGCAAUCUAGAGGAAAUGGAGCAUAGCGGCCAGUUGCAUUUGCAUGUAGCUUCAUCUUUCUAAUUUAGUUUUCCUUUUAAGAGUUAUGCUAGAAGAAUUUGAUGCGAUGAGUGUUCCUCGGACUUCCAUCUUUCUAGAGUGGUUGCUUUUGAGAAAUGUUGUGUCCUUGUAUUUUUCUCGUUUUUUCUUGAAGUGUAUUACCAAAUGAAGUGAUUUAGCUCUGAUUAAUGUUUUGACAUUCA